AUGUAUCUUCCCUCCUCGACCUCCAUCCUGAAGGCUUGGCUGGCCCUCCCGGCAGUCACUAUAAACCUCUACGCUGCCGCCAACCCUAUGUUACCGCCUCAAUUCAACAUGAUUGACCCUGGAAACCAUCCACCUCCUAUCCCUGCCCCAGAACAUAACUCCCUCCAAGGCCACACAAUAGCCAAUCAGCUCGCUAAGGACGGACCGCACCCAACUUCCGACAUCCGCUAUGGCCAGUGCUACUAUUUCACCGACCCGAAGGGCGAGCACCUGGGUUCCGAUGGUGGCGUGUACAGCUACCUGAAGUUCGGGUCUAAAAACUACCGGCGGCCGUUCCGUCUCUGUCAAGAACGAGAUCAAUGUUCGGGCGGGGGCCAGGUAAAGAACCGCGGAAAGUUCUAUCUGCAGGACUACCAGGGCUCAUCCUGGGCCAAGGGCAAGAAUACGGUCGCAGGUAAUGAAUACGGCUAUAUGUACCCCAGUUUCGGCGGAUGGACAAAUUAUCUGCGCUUCCAAGCGUAUAGGGACUGUGAUGUCCCCUUCGCUCCUGGUGGCGAUUGUUACGUCCGAUUGCAUCUUGUUGACGAAAAGAAUAAUUAUAACGGACUGGAGAUCAACGGCCUCCAGUACCCCUAUUUGAGUCUGAACGGGCAGCAGACCAUCUCCGUCAGAUUCAAUGAGAUAGAGUGCCCUGACGACGAUGAACGGUAUGAACUAUAG